GUCAGGCAAACGCGGGGCAGCCAUUGCGAAGGACCCCGGCCGCCCUUCCGCCAGCGCUGUGUUUACAUUCUAAUAAUUCUGUUUUCUGACACUUCUACUCAUUUCUAUCGAUCAGCAUGCCGUUGUUCGAAGGCUUGGUCGGUGGCGGGGAGAAGACAGCCGUGGUCGUAGAUCUCGGAGCGGCCUACACGAAAUGUGGUUUUGCCGGCGAGACGGGGCCGAGAUUCAUCAUUCCCAGUGAAGUUAAACGCGCCGGAUCUCCGGAGGCGGUUCGAGUCGUCCAGUACAACAUCAACACUGAGGAGCUCUACAGCAUCCUGAAGGAGUUCGUUCACCUGCUGUACUUCCGGCAUCUGCUGGUGAAUCCUCGAGACCGGCGCGUGGUGAUCGUUGAAUCCGUCCUCUGUCCUUCACACUUCAGAGAGACGCUCUCCAGAGUCUUCUUCAAGCACUUUGAGGUCCCAUCGGUCCUGUUUGCUCCGAGUCAUCUGAUGUCCGUCAUGACUCUGGGCAUCCAGUCUGCUCUCGUCAUGGACUGUGGAUAUACAGAGACGCUGGUGCUACCAAUCUAUGAAGGCGUUCCAAUCCUGUCUGUGUGGGAAGCUCUGCCGAUGGGAGGAAAAGCCAUUCAUAGGGAGCUGCACAGUCUGCUGAGUGAGCAAUGCACACUAGACACCGACUCUGGCACCGGCCUCAGUCUGCCCACCGUCAUCAGUAAGACCGACACACAUCCAUCACAUCACACACCGGCUCCUCCUCAAGAUGUGGAAUAUCCAUUGGAUGGACAGAAGAUUCUUUACGUCAAGGGAUCCAUCAGAGACUCUGUGGCCGAGAUGUUGUUCGAGCAGGAUAAUGAGGAGAAAUCCAUCGCCACGCUGCUGCUGGACACUUUGGUGAAGUGUCCCAUCGACACUCGCAAGGUUCUGUCAGAGAACUUGGUGAUAAUCGGCGGUACGGCCAUGCUGCCCGGGUUCCUGCACCGACUCCUGACUGAGAUCCGCUCGCUGGUGGAGAAACCCAAGUACCACGAUGCUCUGGCUACCAAGAGUUUCCGUUUCCACAGCCCACCCGCCAAACCCAACUGCACCGCCUGGUUAGGAGGUGCUAUAUUUGGAGCAUUGCAGGACAUUUUAGGGAGUCGCUCAGUGUCCAGAGACUACUACAGCCAGACGGGCCGCAUCCCAGACUGGUGUUGUCUCAGCAUCCCACUACCGGAUUCAGUCUAUGAGGCGGGAAAGACGCCACCGCCUCUCAUGAAGAGGGCCUUCUCCACCGAGAAAUGAACUGGACACUUCAAAUCUAGCUUCCUCUAAAUCUGCUUAUUCAGAUAUGCUCUUAUAUGUUUACAGCAGAAAGUGCUGAUCUAUAAUAGCCUCAAGUCUUUCAUAUUAGUCUGCUGUACUUAAUUUGAAUAGUAGGUGAAACCAAAGCCACUAGGGGUCAGUCCCCAUCAGCUCACCUGCAGACCUCUGCUUCACUCGUCAAAGAGAUGGGAAAAUCUUUAUAAAUGCACUAAACGGUUUCCAGAGAACCUCCAGACUUUUAUCCAGUCUACAUUAUGGAAGCCCAUUUCCGCCACUGAAUAAAAAAUAAAAAAAGG